UGUUUUUGAAUAGCAAACAAGCGAGAAAAUGACUUUGAAGAGUUAGUUCUUUGUGAUCUUCUGUCCAACAGUGAGCCGACAUGGAGAAUGUCCUUGUUGAGCAAAAUGGCUUUGAUACGGAGGAAAAGUCGCCCGGCUUGCUUCCCGUCGUGUUGCGGCGCCAUAGCUGUUUGGAGAAUAUCAGUGAUUUCGUCAGCUCUGCACUGCACGUCGAGAGUUUAUCUUGUGUAUUGAUCUCGCGAGAUGGGUACCUGAGUGUGAGAUGGUUGGACGGCAGAAGGGACAGCGUGUCUUGCUUGGGAAGGGUCCAGCGAUGUAUUUGGACAAGUCACAAGUCGCCGCCGACGUUCGUUGCAUUGACGGUUGACCUGCGUCUAGUCUGGGUCGCUGUGUUUGCCGAGAGCAGCCAGGACAAGCACGCCACCAGCACUCCUCCCUCGUGCUCACGUAUUUGCUACAUCACGCCGACAAGCAUACGUCGUAGGAUGGGCGCAGCUGGCAAAGAUCUUCAGUUCAAGCAAGCCACAUUGCUCGGACUGCUGUCCAACGACGAUGUCGUCCUGCUAGUCGACCACCAGGCGCUGUUAGUUCUGUCGGUUAGUAUACCAGAUCCGGCAGCGACGCCAGCAGCAUCAGCAACACCUACAAAGUCAGCGCCAUCCACAGUACCAUCUCAAGCGGCGCUGCCAACGUCCAGUAAUGGUGGUGGAGGUGGUGGUGCAGAGCUGGAAGCCAACAUCAACAUCGUCAGCUGCUGCAUGCUACGAGCACCCGGCGCUCACGCCUUCGCCGAUCCUCCCGUCGUCAUACCGACCGAAUCGCGACCGGUUGCCGUGCGUCUCCAAGGCAACAUAGCCGUGGCAGCCUGGACCGGCGGCUCCUACUAUACGUUUAGCAACCUGGAGACUGGAGAUAUUGUACUGGUCAUCAACACAGCUUUGACCUGCUCAGCUGGAGCCUCUCCACUAUUCACCACUGAGACUGGCAGUGUGGAGUUCUCUGUUACACCGGAUCUCUCACACAUCGCCGUGGCUUGUUCGUACUCCACACCACCGUCACGCCGUUGCUGCUCUCACUUGCGCCAGGGCAGUGCGGCCAGCCGCAGCAGUGUCGACGACGGCCAUCGUUAUGCCAACCGCGGCAGCCCCUAUCUGCAGGAGAGCGACGUUCGAAACGGUCACCCUGGCAGCAAUCGCGGUGGCUCCGGCCUGCACUUUCUGGACGUUAUCAAGUACAUCCGUCAGCACCCUGGCCACACCAGUCACAAGCUAAUCCAGGAGGCUCUUCACAGUCGAGGAAGAGAGGUGCAGAGAAUGUUCCCUUACCUGAACAACAGCAAUUGGGACGAGGAGGCGGACGAUAUUGCAUUCAUGGCUGCACCAUACAGUGGUCUGGUUGGUGAUGCCCUCUGGCAUCGAGAACUCUCGGCACUGCGACGUGGCAUUGAUGCGGCUGACUCCACUCACAUCGGUAUGCCGACCGGAGCUGGAACACUACCUUGUGCAUUCAGGAAUGAGUCGGAAAGUGACGCCGUGAUCGUGCAUCUGCGCUGCCUCGCUUCAAUCCACGCUUCACCGCAAGAGACAGCAGGCAGCAGCAACGGUACAUCCAGCAAGGAUACAGCAUCCACAACCACUACCCUACUGUCGGCAACCAGAGGCACGGAGCAGGACACGCUCCUGCCGGAAAAGUCCACCCUGCAGCACGCACGCAAUCACUCCGGUAUCGUCCUGGCAACCAUGACCGCCAUUGAGGCGUUGGUGGAGCAGUCCCGGCUCAACUCGACGCAAGCUGCGUCGCUGCAGCUAUGGCAACCUGCAAAGAAAUGCACGUGGGGCAGUGGCUUCUUGUCGCUGCCCACCGACCUGCAAUCACAUCUAGUCGUGACCGAUGUAGUGCUCAGUGCAUCCACGGCUGCUGUCCUACUGCUGCCCAAACCCGGUGGCGGGGUGGCCGCUGCUCGCGAUGACCUCACCAUGCCCUCGUCGUUGUCGCUAUUGUCGUCGUCACAGACAGACAGUGCAUCAUCAUCAUUGUCUGAUCUGCAGGACGGUGCACUUGUUGUAUAUAGCUGUCAUGACGGAAAUACGGCAGUUUAUCCUUUCUCUCAGGGUUGUCUGCCAGUAAAUGUACGCUACGGCCAUCUGCCAUACUGCGUACUGUCCGCACGACAACUCUUCACCGUUGUCUACGGGGUACAGCAGGAAGACAUCGUCAAUCGGCUAAUCCUGUACGAGAACGCUAUCCUGGCAGAGUUGGUGUGUCGUCUCAACCACUGGGAGAGGUGUUCUCUUCCACUGACCGCACUAGACAGUGCACUGCGCCACAAACAACUCGACUCCGUUGCAUUCUUUCUCAAUAGCCAGCAGGGAGGUUCCCUUGGUACCGACAGUAGUGAUACAGUAGAUGGAUCUGGUGGUAAGCCACGACGUGGAGCACCAAAGCUAGCACCUGCUCAGGUGGAGAUAGCCAUAGACCUGCUGACACAGUCGGUGGAGCGCAGUGCAGCCAAGCAGAACAAUCAGUAUUGUCAGCAGCUACUGCACUUAGCUCUCAGCUUCCUGGAUCAGCUGAUGGACGCCGCUCUCGCUCGCCUUGCCGAACUUGAAGACGAGGAAGACGACGAUGACGACGAAGACGACGAUGACGCGAUCACACGCGAGGGCGAAGACGACACGGAGGAAGACGCAGCCACACCGGUGGGAUCCCUGAGCACCGUCACCUCGCCCUACCGUAGCCUGCUGUCCGCCGAGUCGCGCACCUCGCGUCUCCGCGUGCUCAGCGAAUGCUCCACGAGCGGCGAGGACAUCAUAGACAGUUUGUCCGUGGAGAAGCUGGGCAAGGCUGUUGCUCGCUUGCGCAAGUUUGUACGCCCCGCCGCCACUCAGGAGCCGCUCAACGGCGAGGCAUCGCCUGCUGCACCGUCAUCACAGAAGGGUUCUAGUGUGGAUGUGUCAUUGACAGCAACGCCACAGCAACAGCAGCCGCAACAGCAGCAGUAUGCUACACAAUUGCUUCACUGCCGACCUGCAAGAGCCGGUGGUAUGCAAUGGCCGGAGCAUUGGGCAGAGUUGGAGGUCGAGGAGGUUAUUCGCGACGGUAUACUGACCUCACGCAUAGCUGCAACACAGGCAUUCCUAGUGCAUCAAGGAAGACAGCAGCACAUUGCUGAUCUUGAUCUUGCUUCCACGUGUGUGACCGUACACUCGCGUAGUGCCUCUCCCAGAGAGCCCACACCCAACUUCGGCACGACAAGCACGUUUGCAUCGCAGCACACUCAUCACCACCACCAACAACAACAACAACAGCAGGCGUCAGCAUCGUCCGGCAUGUCAACCUCUUCCGGCUCUGGACAACAGUCGGCCAGUUCGUCACGCUCCUCGUCCGUGGUUCCGUUCGGCCGAUUGUCCGCACGCAACAGUCCCAUGAUUCGACGUCAGCAGAGUGGUACGAGUGUCGUAGUAGUCGGUAGUGGGACUGGUUCACGGCAAGCGUCACCCGCUCUGUUUGCUGGCGUGCGCGAUGCCAUCGACCUGGAGUCGCAGUUACAGGACGCCAUGUUGGAAGGGAGUUCCCCCGUGAUGGCACGAUCCAGUCAGCAUCAACAGCAACAGCAGCCUCAAAUGCUGCAGCAAUCGCACUCGGGACGCAGCAGCGUGUUGUCAGGCGUGUCGUUGGAGCAGCAAGUUGAACAACACGCCGAACGACCAUCACUCAACCGAGUUCUCAGUCAGGAGUACUGCAGGCCUGAGGUGAACUCGGAGCCAUGGCGUGAGAUUGGUGCAUAUAAGCGUAUCCUGGCCGUGGGUGCCGAUAUGGUACUGCACUCAUUGCUGGACAGGAACUUCUCAUUGGCCGUGAAGAUCUUACAGAACUUGGGUUGUAACGUGCGAGAUCACUUACGCCGCAUCUGCCUGCACACAGUGUCAAGAUCUCUGCGUGACUAUCUGGUGGAGGAGUUAUCUCGUCACAACUGGUUGUCUGAUGAAGAGCUACAUCUGGUGCGCUACUCCCACUUGUUAGAGCGUCUCUAUCCUCACCAGUCGUUCAGUGCCGUUCAGAGUCAGCUUCUACCCGCUGUUGAGGCCAACGCCAUGAUGAGCGGCAAAAAACGUCUGCCGUUGAAUCUGUGUGACCUGGCUCUACCGACAUGUCCAGAACUGCUGAGUCACCUACACACACCAGGGGAUCUGGCACCGCUGGAUUCAGGCGGUGGACAGAUGGGUGUAUAUCCCGCAGUCAGCCUGCCCACACAGGGACAGCAAAUUCCCUCGGGUGUGUCUUCGUCCUCAUCCGCGUCAUCAGCAUUGCCAGUGUCGGCUGCCAUCGGUGGCUAUGCCCAGGUGUCAAUGGACUUCAUGCAGCAGUGGAGUGGGGAAUGCCGUGAACGUGUCCUACUAGAGCAGAUAGUCUCCGGUCAAAACUCUUCAGUGAAAGCCAAUGUUGAUUGGAGUAAGCUGGUGAGUGCAAACAGCGAGUGGCGCUAUCACCUGAGUCAUCUCAACCAGACCAGUGUCUUGCAGUGCAUAGAGCAGUGGAUACCCACUCUGCAGGAUGCUGUGGCUGCCAACGCGUGUGCUGGCACUGCUACUGCUGCCACCAGCACCUCCACCUCCGCUCUAGGCAUAUCGGCAGUGAAUUCACCCACGUCACCGGUACCUCCUGCUGCUGCUGCUGCUGCUGCGCCCGUUGCCGUGCUCUCCUGCACAGACUUGUGGCAGGGAUUGGAGCUGUGCCCUCGACAUGUGCGCGAGCUGGUCGAUGACGAGCUGGCGUGCCGUGGCCUGUUCAGUGACGCCGAAUUGUCGAACUUCACUCAACUCAUGCGGAGAUUCAGCCGCAACCAGUUGCUGUUCAGUCGGCCACAUGCAAUGCAAGGCGUCGAAGCUCACGUCAGGAUUAGCAACGCAGCACCGGUGCGAGCCGAAGGCGAUUUCUUUCCCCAGGAGACCAAGAACAGUGUGACUGCUACACCAGCGGAACAGCAGUCCAGCCGACUGUCCGUGUGUGCCGGUGGCAGCAGCAGCAGCAGCAGCAGCACGGGUGACAGUAGCACUGCCGUGUCUGGUGUUGCAGUGCCCGCUGCUGUCACGUUCCAUCGUAACUUUGUCAAGUAUUGCGUGGAGCAUCGCCUUGCCAACCUCCUCUAUCGUUACCUAGACUACCAUCGUUUGGCGCGAACGGAGAGGUCUGCGGCGAACGUCGGUUUGAGUUUGAAACCGUCGGACAACCUGUGGCUGACGUGCCUGACAGCGUUCCGCAUAGCAGCCAGUGAUCCAAUGAACUCCGGUGCAGUAUUUCAAGCCAGUUUAGCCAAUGCUCGCCUGUGCCUGGCCAGUAUGGUGACGAGGAAAGACAGUAGUGUACCGAUUAGCUUGAUGCUCUCAACCAACCAUCCCCUGAUGGCACUUGGAACACUCAUGUAUGUUCCCGGUGGUCUGGAUGAGCUUCUUGAUCAUUUGGUCACGCCGGGAGGUGAUGUCUUCUCCGCAGUCGGUGAUGCGUGUCAAGUCAUUCCAACAUCUGGUUUCUCCUCGCACAGCACCACAAGCAGUGACUGGCCCAUCGCUGUGGAGAUGUUGCGUGAAGCGGUGCAUGCGUAUCCACAGCUACGCGCUGCGCUGUUCCCCGUGUCCAAUGCUAACAAGUCGCCAGCCGAACUGCAGGAUAUCACGCUGUAUCAGCUCCUGCAGGGCAACAGUCCGUUCAAUCCCGAUCGCCUAUUCCGCUGGCAAACAACCAACACGCUGCCAUUUCCGGAUGAUGAUGAUUACCUACAUGACAUGCCACACUUUGCCCACACUAACCUGGUCACGCGGUAUGGCCAUGUCGAGCGCCUGUCCUUCCUGCACUACUUACGCCAAGGCCAGCCAUCGCUAGCACUCAACACAUUCAUUGCUCAACAUCACUAUGAAGGUGCCAUGGGCAAAGCAAGCAUUGAGCGUGCACUGAAUCGUGCAAUGCGCUUGGCCCUGCGCCACUUCGCCGACUCCAAGGUGGUCAGCGCUUGCACCGUCUUCUGCGAGCUGCUCGGUCACGACAGUCUCAGACUUCGUGUCACCGUGGAGACGGCCAAUCGCAUACUCGUCUACACUGGACAAGGAAUUCCCGCUGGCUUGGCUGGUUCGUCCGCGACGGCGGGUGUGUCACCAUCAUCACAACGUCGCGCUGGCGGUGUCUCUGCCACGUCCAGCCUGACGUCCAUCUCCUCCACCAUGAGCCUGCCUGCACCCAACAGCAGCAGCACACCCACAGCUAGUCUCACGAUAUCGACUUCCCAACAUGCUGCUACUGGCGGUGGUGUGGCUUCGUUGUCAUCUCCAUCGCAGCAUCAGCACCAGCGGCAGCAGCCCUCUGCCAAACUGCUGGAGUUGCUCGGUGCUGACGCUGUCUGCAAGGACACUGUCACUAUUGCCAAGGAGUUCUUGUCUCUAGAAAAACACUACCAGAGUAGCCAGAGCAAUCGCAGUACUAACAGCAGUCCAAGUGGCCCUGCUUGUGGUGACGCUAUACUGCGCUACCUCGAAGCUGCCACGCAUAUCCUGAUAGGGCAACACCAGUACGAAGAUGUGUCAGUGGAGGCUGCGUAUUGCUGGCAUCUCGUCAUGUCCUUCUGCCGUCUCUAUGACAAGCCGCUGAGCACUGAGUUUCUCAGGCAGUGCGCUGUCCACUCGCAGUGGCUGCCGUUCAUCUGCCAUGCACAGCAACACCAAUUUGAACCGGAGCAGGCACUGGACGUGAUCAGUCAUCACUUUGCCGACGGGGAUCUGCGCGAGCACCUUCGCUUGGCGUUUGUCAACAUGCAAGCGACGCCGGAGCUGACGCGGCGUCCCCGACCCUUGCCUCCUCCGGUCUUUCAGGCAGCCGCCAAGCCACCGCCGCCAACGACAACGCUGUUUGAAGAGGACGAGAAGGACAACGCGGAGGCAAGACCGCGUGACAUCCGUGCACAGUUCUACGCUCGCGUUGGCCUUCAGAAUCCCACCGCCGUCGCCGCGGAUAGCAGCGUGCCGGAAGACACACCCCUGUCCAUCCCACUGGCCCACGGCGGUGAUUCUAUCGAGGAGGACGCACAGACGCCCGUCGCGUCCCUCAUGGCCUCUCAUCUCUCACCGCCAAAGUCCCUGGCCGACGUCAUUGCCUUGUCGCAGCGUCACCAAUCGGCAGGAUCAGUUAAUGCUGCACAAGAGCCUGAGCUCAUAGCGCAGCACGCCACCAACAUCUUUGAAGUGUUACUGGCGUGUGAUGCGUGUGAAGAUCAAUGCAAGACAUUGCUGGCACACUGUAUUGCUAUGGAAAAUCCUAUCCUUGCUGUUCUGGCUGCUUGUUAUGAGGGACACAAAGUCCUGUCCUGCUUCUGUGCAUGGCUGUGUGCUGCGUGUGGACCUGAGCUACUUGCCGAUGCCUUACCAUCGCUGGCAGACGGCAGUAUUCAUUGGCGUGAGUGGUCACAUGACGAUCUCCUUCUACUGGCAAUGGCAGCCAUAGAUCAUAAGCCUCCACGCACACGUGCUCUCUCAUUUGCCUGUCAGAUGUUUGACAAGGACAAUCUCGUAUCGUAUCUGCUGUCGUUUCACGAGCAAUUUGCCAUCCUGAACAACAUUCCGCAGGCCAACUUGGAGCUGAAGAAGUUUGUGGAGCUGGCGGCCAAGUCUCAUCCCGUGGAGGGUAUCGGUGGUCUGAAGUUACCCAUUGGUUGGGUACAAGACUUGUCUGUACGUACUGUCCGCAGUACACUAUGUCGUUGCAGUACGCCAUCGCAGAGACGACAGUUAGUGGCUAUGCUGGCUGACUGUGGAUUUGGACGUGGCUACUCUUGCAAAGUACCUGAUUUCUCGCGCCUACACCAGCUGGUCAGCAUCCUGCACAACGCGCAGCUGAACACGGACCUAGCUUUCGCCGGUACCGCACUAAUCAACCUGCCCUCACCACCAGCCACCACCACUACCUCCGCCACCGCCGGUGAUUCAGUCAGCAUGGCAUUGCCGCAGCGUCUAAUGUCAUCCAUGUCAUCUUCAGUUACCCCGUCAUCGACACCAUCCACUUCGGUAUUUCAUCGCCCGACCACCACCACCGGCACCACCGCUGCCUGCACAACUGGUCUGUUCACACCGUGUACAGUGUCCGUUGUUGACAAUCCUGCACAGGUGGGCGCCGUCGAGGCUCUGCUGAACGGCCAGUUCUUUGCCGAGGCACGGUCGUACGCUCUGCUUGUGCGUGUCGGUGUGGAUCUCGUCACUCGCAGUCAGGUGGCAGCGUUCUGUGAAGACAUGCGACGCUCAUCGCUAUGGCAAUCCGAGGACCGUCGCAUCGGCUUCUGGCACAAGUGCUCCGAGAUCUUCCAGAAGCAUGCCAGCGCUCCGGAGAUUCCUGCUCGUUUCUUUCAGUGUGAAAUUGAUAAGAUUGAUGCUGAGCAAGUAGCGGCCGGAGUGUCGCCGUUCUCCACCACACGCCAGACCAGUACGGACAGCACGCGCACCAUCACCGGCAACGAGGAUAGCCUACGCAGCUCCAACACCACGGGCAGCAGCGAUGGCGGAGGCAAUGACGACAACGACGGUGAGUUUCCGCCGAGCACAUUCACCUUGGCUGCCGCCGCAGAGCCUCCGUCACCGCCCGUAUCGCUGAAGGAAGUGGCACACAUCCUGUGUCUGCAGCUCUACUGGCAACGACAAUGCGCCGACGACGACCAGCCUGCCCAAGAUCAGGUCAUUCAGGAGGUCAACGUGCGCGCUCUCGAGCAGAAGGUGUGGAUGUGUCGUAUCCGUGCCGAACUAGCUGAUCAAGCCAGUCUGAAACGCGAGAGUGUUUCCAACAGCCUACUUCCUUCUACUAUGUCUCCUUCAGCAAAGACGCUGAAUCCGGUGCUGGCCCCGUCUCAAGCCCUGAUGUCCUGGUCGAUGGAUUCCGCCAGUCUCACACGCAUACUGGAUGAUCUGAUGGAGGACAAGGCGUUGGAGAUACGACACACCACGCCAUCACUGGUCGAUACGUCGCAUCACGCAGGCCAGCUGUUUGAAGGCCGUGGCUGGGCAGACAAGCUACGCACAGACAUGACCUAUGCGGCAUGGUGUAGCGCUCUUGCUAAGGCUGUCAACGUCAAGAAUACACUCAACUCCAAGGAGCUGUCUUGUUUGGAGGUGAUUCAGGACCGCCUGCUGUCAACGCGUCGCUUCACUCAAGCCUGCAGUGUAGCAUGCAUGUUCGGGCAUGCAUCGCCGGAUCUGGAAUUGCUGCUGACGGCCAUACGUCUUGUCCGACAGCUCACCACAUCAUCCCAGCUGGCAGACACACCCGAAGGCAAUGUGCUGCGUAACCGCUCCCGUCUAUCUUCAUCCGCCUCCUCUUCCGCUUCCUCUUCACAAGCGUUGGCAUGGAGACCGCCACUGAGCCGAACUAGAUCUCAGUCUGUAAUGGCCGACUGGCUUCGUUCCCACGGCCCAGCAGCACUGGAGAUCACCGGUCUGUUGCAGGACCUGGCCGAGAGGAGCAAUGCCGGCAAGACAUGCUGUGCUCAGGUCGCCGUGGCGUUUCAGAUCGCCAAGUUCUUGGAUGCUGAGUACGACGCUGUCAUCUCCGGCAGUGCCCUCUUGAUCCUCUCCAAGCUGCUGGCAUCACCAGUUCCAUGCGCCUUCGUUCUCGCUCAGCAGUUUGUUGCAGUGUCUGGUCUUAGUGAUGACGAGGUUAUUGGAUUCCUGGGUGACUCUGUGAUCAAUGCUAUUCGCAAUGCCUACGGACUACCGUUACCACACAGCUUGGCACCUGCGCUGCCGCAGAGACCAAGCACUGCUCAGUUUACGCAGGUUGCCUCGCUCUGUCAGAAUCACGUGCUGCUGGCCACGCACCUGAUGCAAGCGGCCACGUCGGCGGCUGCCUCCGCUGCUGACGUCAGUCAAGCCACUCUGGCAAUGGAGGUUGACUUGCUGAUACACGCACACACAUGCUUCACCAAUGCAUGUGACAUGGAGGGUAUUGGUACUAUAGUGCGUACGUGUAGAUUACGAGUGCCUGUGCUGGCUGCUGCCGGGCAAUUCCAACAGAUGAUUCACAUGUUGACUGGUGUUGGCCGCUAUCGGGAGAUGCUGUUCGUGUUUGAGUCCCUAGUGGAGCAUGAGAAACUGGACUUGUUGCUGAGACGAGAGGCCAGCAAGGAGGAUGAGCUGAAGGUUGUGUUGUUGGAUUUCCUGCGUAAGAACUGUCCGGAUGACAGUGAACUGUUCAGCAAGGUCGCCGCUCACUACGCCAUGUGGAGAGAGCUGGCCGAGGUAUUUGAACGCCAAGGAGAGAAGGAACUCAAGUCUCUGAAGACCCACGCUAUUGACAACACUAUGUCAGCGCCUCUUGAAGGUGUCAUUCGUCUCUUUGUGGGGGCAGCCGAGAACUACAUGAAGAGGAACUGUCUUCGCCACGCCCAGCGGUGCAUGCAGAAGGCCCGUCUUGCAUCGUUGCAACGUCGUCUCCUCCCCAGUGGUACCCGUGUCAUUAACCUUCAGCCCAAGGAGUUGAGAGCGUUUAUGGAGGAACAUGGCAACUUCAACGAGGCAUGGCUUGUAGCUGAGGCGUAUCGUUCUCGUGGACUACUGGAGUGGGUCAGGCCAGUCUAUGUACAGGUGAUACAGCGCGGUAAAUUCCGCUACAUGCAAGACUUGACAACAACACUUCCCAUGGCUACAUCUCUGGUUAGGGAGGUUGCUGCCAGGUAUCGUCGUGACACCCAGGUGCCGUCGCUAGGCUGGUCGCCCGGCCAACGCCAGCAGUACGCGGCUAACAUGCGCGAGCUGCUGGAGCACGUGGCAGACCCUCGCGUUACCUACCAGCUGGCCAAGGAACUCGGCUUCACUGACCUUGUCACCAGUCUGCUGGACAGUCACAUGGGACAGUUUCUGCAGGACACUGGCGCUAUCUGAUCGCACUACGGACACUUGAGAAAGUUGAGAUGUGCUGGUGUCCUCUUUCCAGCUCCACACCCGGAGAUAAAUGUGUGCCCUCCACGCCGAGCUGUCCUCCGAACACCACCGCAUGCCGUGGUCUGUGAACUAUCGUGUACUCUCCGGGCUCCGGCUUUGGCUGCAGUGUUGUGUAGCAGGUUAGUUGCUCAGACCAGUGAAUGUGCUCUCCCGGAGUGAGAGUUUGAGUGGAAGUCGCAGUGAGAGUCGUGAGGGUUGGAGUGAUCCAGUCUUCAUUUCCGCUUGAGCUUGGUGAGGACUCUCCUGCUAUAUUUUUUUAUAUAAUUAUAUUAUUCAUUUCUUACUUUUGAUCGUGAUCGCUCCAGUGGUUUGCCCAGACAAGACUUGGAAUGAAUUCCACCACCUAACUUAGUAUGAGUACUGGCCCUGCCGUCGCUAUUUGUGAUUUUGCCCUGCUUAAUUGGGCUGCCGGGCCUCCUGCAUGUUGUGCGGUAACUUAGCCUCUUGGUCUCAUACAGUGGUGUUUUGCAUGGGUGAAUGACGGUGUAGUCUUGUAGCUGUAUAUGCUUUCAUUUCUCUCUGUGUGUCUGCACUAGCUCUAGCCAGACACGUUUCUGCUUUGCACCCUGGCUCGAUGCACACACGCAUGCAUGCACACACACACACACACACACACACACACACACACACACACACACACACACACACACACACACACACACACACACACACAUUCCCCCCCCCCCCCCCGUUUGUCCCUGCCAAUGUGUCGAUGUUUCCUGCUGCAUCGAUUGUUAUUUGCUGCCACGUCGGUUACAGAUCCAGGUCAAUGCUAUCCAAACUCUGUUUGAUUCCACCACUUGCAAACGAAUGAGUUUGCCAGUGCCCUUUUUAUCUUACUGCCAUGUUUCUACCAUUUUUUUUCUUAAAUCGCUAUUCUACGUGUAUCUCUGCCCCUUUAUCAAUGUCUGACAACUGAUUUGUUUGGACUUCGUCACCCGUCACUCGUCACUUAUUGUUGUCCAUUUCAUAUUUUCAAGUUAUUCUGUUUUUUUUUACUAUACUCUGCAGCUGGUCUGUGUCGUUUCAGAGAUGAUUUCUCCGCUGGUCUGGUUUCUGCCAUGUUUUCGGUUCAAUUUUAACUUUAGAAUGCAUUCAUUUUGGUCUGUGCUUGAAACCUCUA